CUCCCGGUUUGGAGGGGACGGACCGGGGAAGGAGGAGGGACGGCACCCUGUUACACAAACCAGAAAUGGUGGUGUGAGUUGCUCGGCUCUUUUAACUGAUGCUUUUGUUUUCUGAGAGUUGGAAAUGACUGGAAAGGGAAGCAUGAAGACACCUUUGCUUUGUCCCUGUGCAAACACAACAUUUAAGCUCCUGCAGACCCCAAAACCCCGUUAUGGUCCCGGCAGGGCGGCCCCGCUCCGGCGGGGCGGUCGGAGACGAGGGGCGGCUCUUCCUCUUCAAACUUUCCCUUUCCCCUCCCUCGCCGCUUCUUUCCCUCCUCUUUUCUCUUCCCUGCCCCUCUCGGCUCCCCGACGGCGAUGGCUGAGAGGCCGGGGAGCACCGGGGGAGCACCGCUGCCCGUCUGGUCCUUGCCUGGUCCCCGCGGCCGCUCCCAAAGCGACAUCUCCUCCUUCUCCUCCUCCCGGAGAACCCGCCAGCUGCGGUCCAACGUGGGUGGCUCAGUUGAUGGUUUGGAUAAGGCUUCAGUCGCUAACUCGGAUGGACCAGCCCCAGGAUCCCAAACUCCCCCUUUCAAGAGGAAGGGCAAACUCUCCACCAUUGGCAAAAUCUUUAAACCUUGGAAAUGGCGGAAGAAGAAGACUAGUGACAAAUUCAGAGAAACGUCAGCAGUGUUGGAAAGGAAGAUUUCGACAAGACAAAGCAGAGAGGAGCUGAUAAGAAGGGGAGUGCUGAAGGAAAUGCCAGAGCAAGAUGGUGAUGUAACAGUAAAUUUUGAAACUUCAAAUGGACACACCAUAGCCAUUGGUGAAGAAACCAUACAGGAAGAAAAUGUGCUAAAAGCCAGUGGAGAUAAUGGUAUUUCAUCAGAGAAGGCAUCAGCAUUGGAAGGGAAAAAAGAGGAUCAAAAAGAGAGCACUACUGAUCACUGCCCAGAAAUACCAGCAUCCCAUGCUCCGCCACUACCCAAGCCUAAGCCUAAAUCUAAAAAAGCUCCACUACCACCAAAAAACGCUAUUGCUGCCUCAUCCACCACCAGCCAUAAGAGUAAUGAAGCACCUCAUGCUAAAAAAAAGGGAAAGGCUCCUGCUAAGCAGCCUUCUCUCCCACCACCCAAGCCAGCAAGUCACGGUGCAAAUCGAGACACUGCUGGUUCCUCUCAUGUGAAAAAAACGCUAGUCUCCAAGUCCUCUUCAUCACCAUCUCCAUCCACAUCAUCUCAUCCCAAGGCCUCUAAGGAGACUUCCAGCAAAUCGAGCACAUCAGGGACUCCCAGGGGCAAGAAAAAAACUGGGAAACAUUCAGCCCCACGAACAGCACCAGAUGGAGCUGCUUCUUCCCCCUCAGGUGCCACAGCCAACAGUUUGGAAGUAAAGGCAAAAAAACUCGAACCUGAGCAACCUUCCAUACUAAUUUCAGAAACGGAGGAUGCGAACCAAGCGAGCAAGCUUGUUGUCCCCCCUCCUCCCACCUCUGCCCCUCCUCCACCUCCGCUUCCACCUCCUUUUCCUGCUGGAUCUGGUCAGCCCACUGUCUCUUCAGAUGCCCAGGAAGUGUCAGAUGGCUGUGCAGCAGGGCCAGCUGUCCCCGGAUCAGAUGCUAAGCCUCCUCUCCAGACUGAGCAUGGCACAGAUGACAGCCAUGCCCUAGACAGUGGUCCAGAUGCGGGUGGAGGAGACACAAAAAGCUUAGCUACCAAAGAAGACCAGGAAGGGGAGGCACCUGACCAGGCACACUCUGAACUGGUGGAGGAGGCUUCUGACACUGCUGCUCCUCCUGAGAGUGAAAGCAGCAGAGAGAGCCACAGCAGCGACUCAGACUCUGAUGGGCCAAUACUGUACACAGAUGAUGAUGAUGAUGAUGAUGAUAAUGCAAGUGCUGAAAGCUCUUUGGCAAGUAAAAUUCGUCGAAGGGAUACUCUUGCUAUCAAGCUUGGCAACAGACCAUCUAAGAAAGAAUUAGAAGACAAAAACAUCUUGCAGAGGACAUCUGAAGAGGAGAGGCAGGAAAUCAGACAUCAGAUUGGAACGAAGCUAGUGAGGAGACUUAGCCAGAGGCCUACAACUGAAGAGCUUGAGCAAAGGAAUAUCCUGAAGCAGAAAAAUGAAGAAGAGGAGCAGGAAGCCAAAAGAGAAAUAAAACGUAAACUCAGUAGAAAGCUCAGCCUGAGGCCUACAGUGGCUGAACUUCAAGCAAGAAGAAUCCUUCGAUUUAAUGAGUAUGUGGAGGUCACGGAUUCUCCAGAUUACGACCGUCGUGCUGACAAGCCUUGGGCUAGGUUAACUCCCGCAGACAAGGCAGCCAUACGGAAAGAACUGAAUGAAUUCAAAAGCACAGAAAUGGAAGUACAUGAGGAAAGUCGGCAAUUUACCAGGUUUCAUCGUCCAUAACUGUUUGACCACAUCCUCUAUUUCAUGCAACAAUUUUCUUUGGGGAAAUCAUGAAGUCCUGAAGACCUGAGAUUGCACUGGAAUUUGACCGAGUAUGAGUGUGUGCUACAGCUUACCCUGAGGUUAAUGAAGGAUGUGGCCCUCAUCUUUAUCAAUGGACAAACACUUUGUCUAGGAGGAGAACCCACAUGAAGUGUUUGUCAGCGUUAAGACAGACCAUGGUUCUGUGGCUAUCUCACACAGAUCAGUCAGUGGACUUCUUCAUCCGAGCUCCACAAGUCAGGAAGUGCUGAAGACAAUCGCUUGAGAGCCUGUCACCAGGAACUCAUCAGACUUCAUAGGGUUGUGAAUGAGGUUAACUGAGUGUGAAAAGGACUGAGGGCGUGGGAGAAGAGAGACUUCACUUGUUGAUCCACAGACAAGAGUGGAACAGAUGGGACUGCUCAACAAUGCGCUUGGCCAGUGGGAGAAACUAUUUUUUAAAAGAAACUGAGAGUGUGAGCAACUGUGCAUGUAUUUUUUCUAGUGGCCACAGCCUGUCUUAGAAAGACAGCAAGCCACAAGUCCUCAUGUCAUCAGUACUUUAGUGAAGAACUGUAAUUUUCUCUGGUGCCAGUAAACACAGUUGCCAGAAAUUAGUCCUAGUAUAACACAGCUGUCUUUUUUAAAAUCCCAGUGAGCAUGCUUCAAGAAAAUACACUGAACAUUCAUACAGAACAAGUUAUAUAUUUUGGGGGUUUUAAUGUUGACAUACUCCUGAUACUCAGAAAUACAUAAACAGGAUUUGAAGGACAAAUAACGUGACACUAUGAAUGCAACGAAAUGCUUCAUGUUUAGAAACACUCCUUACUGUCUGUCACUUGCUAUUCAAACCAGAGGGAUCAUCAUCUUUCUCACCCAUGGCAGGCAGUGGAGACAACUUUGACAUCAUGCUAGAGUGAAUUCAAAAUCAGAAUUUAAAUUAGGCACAGAAGUCUUUACUAGUAGGCUUGAGCAAUGAUUACUAAUGGGACUUUUUACAUUCAAGGACUCUUGCACUGCUUUGAGGAAGAACUCCCAGAUGAAUAAAUAUGUCUUCAGCCAGUGGUCCUGUAAAAGUGAAUGGAAAUUUCUUAGAGUGUCUGCAGCCUGUUUUGUUGAGUGUGAAGAUUGCUUCUUAGAUUCAUAAUUUUUUAUACUGUCUUGAAAUUGUACAUGUGAAUACAGUACUAUUAAAAUGAAGUGGUAUGAAGUGUGAAAGGCAAUACAUGGUUUCUCUAAGUUGGCCCAAAGGCCUAUUAAAAAGCCUGUGGCAUUGUUUACACUAAGAAAUUCUCUAUCUUAUAUUAGCACUUAUUUAUCCUUUGAAUUAAUGUACACAACAUUUGGGGGGGCUCUGGAAUUCACUUAUGCAUACAUUUAAUGCAGUAUUACAAUAUAUUUCCUAUUUAUCCUUUCUAAUGUGUGUACAUAUUACAAAUUAUUUUUGUCUUUUAUGUGCCCUUCUAGUUUUUAAUUUUGAAGUGUAAGUAUUUCUUUUUCAGGCAAUAAAAGGUCUGUGUAGAUGUGAUUUUUACCUCAGAACCUGCAGUAGAUUCUUGUGGAAUGUUUUCAGUUUAUAAAAUUGCAGAUUGUUGUUUUAGAUGUCAGCUUAAAGGCAGGAAGGCAAGUUGGUGGCUAAAAUUAGAUCUCCCCCUUUACUGAUAUUACAAGAGGACCAGCUUUGUAUAAAUGGGGUGGAUUAUUUUAGUAAAGAGCACUUCUAAUAACAGGAGCUGUCACUCUAUUAUUUUUAGAGAUUGACAAACUUUUCUUUUUUAAAAAUCUGUAUUUAUAUGACUCCUAGGAUUGCAUACAUUUUAGUAAAAGUCUGGUGAUGUUCAGACCCCAAAAUAUCAAUAACCAAAUAAAAUAACCAUCUACGUGCUUGUAGCAAAGAAAAGGAAGCACCACCUUCCCUUUUUUAAAGGAAUCAAUAAAAGCCAUUAGGAUUCCAUUUGCAGAAAACAGUUUAGUUUCUGUGGGUCCCAUGAUUUUAUAAAUAUAGAAACACCACUUUGACAUCAAGGAAGCAGUGAAAUGUAUUCUUUGGCACUAAAUCAUACAGGAAUGAUCAGGCCACUAGAGUGAAGGUUUGUCAGCAGUUCUGGUAGAAUCCUAAUUUUUACUUUUAGGAUUUGAAGAGUAAACUUAAAACUUAACACUAGCACAUCAUAAACAUUUCUCCUGCUUAAACUUUGUUGUUGUUGUUGCCAAAUUUAGAAAUGUGUGUCCAAAAUCCUAUAAAGGUCUAUUGUAUUGACUUUGAAGUAUAAACCACAGCAUUUCACUUCAAAGGAAACAAGUGGAGGAAUUAAAUAGACCUCAGUGUUGCCUUAAUCACUUUGGAGCAUUUGAAAGCAGGCGUGAUGCUAAAGGCAGAAGGAUAGCUGUUGCACAGGCAGAAUAACUUGGACAAAUGUAAAGUCAGACUAUAUAAACUAUACAGUAGCUCCACUGACAUGCCAGAGUACAUACAGGUUACACAAGCAAACCAAAACUUGCUAAAUUCUUAGAAUGGAGUGAAUGAAUUGACUUUGCAAGAAGACAUUCCUCUGUUGUAGGCGUGGAGCAUGGAUGGAAAGACAUGCCACCUUCUCUGUGUUUUAACAGUUAAACCGCAAAGAUGAGGAUACAACUUCUGGCUCAGACUUCCUCAAGCUGUGUUUUGCCGUAAGACAUGAGGAUAUACAUAGGUGAGCUAUUACUAAGGCUUUCCCUAUCCUCCUUCAGGGUCUGGGUUUUUAUUAAAGUAUUCACUACAAGCCAUUGCUAGAGGCAGAAUACUAUCCUGGAUAAAGAUGCUGUUUUAGUUUCUAAUCUUUAGUUUCUAAUGUAAUUUCUUAUUAUUUUGAUGAUUUUGGUCCACAAGUCAGCAAACUACUUAGCCAAAUUUAUGUAACUGGACAAAAAGUUUUCUUCAUUGGAACUUAUGUAAAAACAUAGUAUACUUGCAGAAUUAGAAUAUCUAUUGUGUACUGUACCCACACACAGACAUAGAAUUGUAUAUACUAUUUUUAUAUUCUAAGUAUCAACUGUCAGAAAAACAACAGCUGUAGAAAGUAAUCCAUGCAAUAAAAAAUAACAAGAUUUUGAUAUGUUACUAUGUGCAGUAAAGUGAGUUUGCUUUACCUUACUGAGCUGCCUAAAGUCGGUUUCUGCUGUAUCUCCCAGUCCUUUGUAUUCAUGAUUUUGAAUGUCUUCAAGCUGCUACAACAGCCUGUUGGAAAUAAUAUGUCAUGUACCUGUCUGUGGUGCUGCAUGCCUGUUAGAAGGGAAAAAUCAGGACAAGUCCUGAGAAACUCCUGAGUAAGUAAUCCUUGAGGAUAAAAAUAAAAAGACGUAAAAAAAGGCAAAUUAAAAAAUAACAAUUUCCAUGCAAUGUAUAGCACAGCCCAGUUGUCUAAAGGGAUCACUGUGUCAAUUUUUAUCAAGUUGGACAAAUCAUUUAAAUGUCAUCCACAACAUACGACAAACCUUACAUGCAGACCUGUGUUCCACAGAGUCAGGUAUGAGCUCAGAUGUUUACAUCCACACAAAGAGAAAAUUACUAGCUUGAAGUAGUAGUGCUGAAACGACCUCACAGAUGAGAUUUUUGUAGGUAGGAUCACACAUGACAGCAUGUUGCUGUGAGUGCAGAAAAGUGGAUGCUUACAAAUCCUGAUUUCUUCUUCACAUAAUAAAUUGAAAUGGUUCUAGAAUGUCUCUCAUCUCUCUCUUCUUUCAGGCAAUAUAAAUCAGUUCUUAUAUCUGAAUUUAGUUGUUUCAAAUGAAAAAUAAGCUAUCAGAAUUCCUUCCAAUUGUAAUAUAUGUGUUGAUUCAACAAGUACCAAAAUUAAUUAUUUAAAUGCUAAUGAUUAUUUAAGCUAAAUACCAUUUCAGCUGGUGAUUUGGAUAAAGGUAGGACCAGCAGCAGUGUCUCUUCAAAAUCCCUGAAAGUAUUCACAGACAUUUGUAGGUUUACAAGAGUAUAUUUAUUUGUUGAGUUUAACAUUUGCCUACAGUUGUGCAUGUCCCUUGCUGUAGUGGACUUUACUGAUUUCUCAUGUGGUGUGGGCCAGGGCAGCACCAGCUACUGCUUUGUCCACACUGGACAGCUAGUGCUUUGAGAAGCACCACAACCUCAGUGCUGACAUGUAAAAACCAUAUCAGAUGAACACUUUUCUUCCUUUUUCAUUGAAAACCAAAUGAAAACUGUGAAAGGAAGGGAUGAAAAUAUCUCUGAAAUUACAGAAAUUUGUCCCCUCCUUCCAGGUGGGAUUAGCACAUUGUUUCCAGUGGAGAUGCUUCAAUCCAUGUCUGUGACACAGACAUCAGAGAAAUUGUUUCAAAAUAGCUGCCACUAACCUGAGUAUAAAUACAGUCUGAGCCACGAUUUUAUAUCAUAAAAUGGGAGGAAGAUCCAGCCAGCAAGGGCUAAAAAUGUCUUACCUAGUCUGGCGGCCUGGGGAUCAACCGAAAUCCCCUCAUCAGCUGCAGCUAGCAGUAGGUUGGAGCCAGGGUAGUGAGAGCCACGCUGUCAUCUGGGUACCUGGCAGACUGCAUCAUUAGGACAGGUCUGUCUGAGCACUGCUGGCAUCCUUAGGGACUAGAAUAUAAGCUUCUAUCUUAAUGCUGUUAAUGCUUUAAUGAUAAAGUAAACCAUGCUAAAAGACUACAUUUGCAUUAAAUUGUUAGGUAUGCCAGAACUGUGUCUUUCAAUGCUUUCAUGUCGUCUAUUUUUAUUCAUAUCUCUAGGAGUUAAGACCUGUGCCACUGCUAUAAACUAAAAUAAAGACAUACUCAGGGUGAAACACAGAAUAAACUUGCUUCCUGCCUUUAGGAGCUCCACAUUUAGCUCCAUUAUUGUUACUAUCUUAAUUCUUACUGUACAAUGAAUUGCACUCUCAGAGCAAUGCUCAUUGCUGGGACCUAGCUUUUGAUGAACAAAAAAGCAAUUCUGAAGGUUUGUAUUAGUUUGAUGUUAAAAUAUUUUGAGAAUCAAAAGAAAAGUAAAUUCCCCAGAAUAGCUUAAAGCUUCUGUUUAAGACACCUGGAAAAAAAUUACGAAAGCGUAUCUAUAUAGAGAAAGGGAGAAAUUGAGUAAAAACAACAUAUUUCACUGUAAUGUUUUGACAGGUUUCCAUUUAUUAACUUUAAUGAUUAAUAAGAUCUUGUUUCACUUUGUCAGUGCUCCCAUGUUGUUUCAGGAUUUUAAUGGAAAUAGAGCUCAUGUGAACUAGAUACACCAUUUCACCACUAUUUCAUUAUUUUCUAGAAGCUAAAUAUUGCAUUGGGUAGGAACAAAGAAAGUAAUGGUAUUCGCUGUAUUUCCUUGUUCAAUCAUUAAAUCUUUAUAUUAAAAUAUAAAGUCUUGCAAUACUAUGUCAAAUUUAACCAUAUUUGAACCUUGUUAUAAUAUAGUAAAAUGUUGCUGAACAUAUUUUCCUUUCACUACUUUGUGUGGUGGUAUAUUGAUUUGUAAACUUGUAUAAAUUUUGGAAUUAAACAAAUACUGUGUUUUGGACAA